AUGAAGACCAGCAUCCUACUUAUGUUCCUAUGGGGGUUAUCCAGCGCUCUCCCGGUAGCCAGGUACCAAAAUAAUGAAUCUGAAAGUUCUGAAGAGUGGAAGGGUCAUUUGGCUCCGGCAUCAACACCACCCUUGGAGAGUGGUGUGUCGUCAGAAAGAAGUCAAGUUAGCUCAGAGGAACAGGCAAAUGAAGACCCCAGUGACAGCACUGAGUCCGAGGAGGGACUGGUCUCUGAUGAUCGUCAGGAUGUCCACAGACCAGCUGGUGGCUUCUCUAGCAAUGCAGCAAUACAAGGAGAUGAUAAAGAUGAUGAUGAAGAUGACAGUGGAGAUGACACCUUUGGUGAUGAUGAUAACGGGCCAGUGUCUGAAGAAAGACAAGGAGGAAAUUCCCGACGGGGAAGUGAUGAGGAUUCUGCUGACACCACACAAUCCAGUGAAGAGAGUGUCCCACAGGCAGAAGACAGUGCCCAAGAUGUCACCAGUGAGAGCAGGGACCUUGACAAUGACAUGGUGGACAGCAGACCCGGGGGAAGUGACUCCACUCCAGAUAGCGAGAGUGAGGAGCACUGGGUAGGAGUUGGCAGUGACGGCGGGAGGAGCCAUGGGGAUGGCUCCGAGUUUGAUGACGAGGGAAUGCAGAGUGAUGACCCAGACAGCAUAAGGUGGAGGAAGGACUCCACCAGGAACAGUGAGAGGACGAGCACUGAGGACUCUGGCGAGAGCCAAGCCGGGGAGCGUCCCAGCAGGACGGCGUUGCGGAAGUCCCGCCCUUCCCAGGAAGCCGGCCCGGAAGAGCGCGACGGGAGCCGCGCCCGGGAGGAAGUCCAGAGCGACUCCACGGAGAACGCCGACGCCCUGGAAGCAGGCCUCAGACCGUCCCGGGAGGACAGCAGGAAUGAAUCUCAGGAAGACAGAGAGGAAAACGAGGCCCAGGAGGACAGUCGGAAUGAGCCAGAGCCCAGCAGCGAAUCCAGUCAGGAGGCAGACCUGCCAUCGGAAGAGAGCAGCAGCGAGUCCCCAGAGGAGGCUGCGGGCGAGUCUCGGGGGGACAACCCGGAUGACGCCGCCAACAGCGACUCCAGCGAGGAGGGUGGCCUGACCACGUCCUCCAGUUCAGAAAGCGAAUCCAGAGAGGAGCAGGCCAACGGUGAGUCCAGUGAAAGCCUCCAGUCGUCGGAGGAGAGCCCGGAGUCCUCCGAGGAGGGGGACAGUUCCAGUCAGGAGGGCCUCCGGUCUCGCAGCGCCUCGGCCGAGAGUGCCUCCGAGGAAGACCGUAGCAGCGACUCUCAGGACAGCAGCAGGUCCAAAGAAGACAGCGACUCCACUGAGAGCAACUCCAGCAGCGAGGAGGACGGCCAGUCAAAAACCGUGGAGAUAGAAAGCAGAAAAUUAACAGUCGAUGCUUACCACAACAAGCCCAUUGGGGAUCAAGAUGACAACGACUGCCAAGAUGGCUAUUAGCAUCCUAUUAGGAAGAAGCUCGCACGUAAAGGAGACUUGGGGGCUUGAAAGUAGAGAGAACAUAAUACCUAUAAUUUAUUGAUAUUUUGACCAAAAGGGUAAUGAGAGGCCAUUUUUCUGAAAGGAAUUGCUGGACAACACACUUGUUUCUAGGUGUCCUCAUUUCAUAGAGGUUUAGAUAAUGUGAAAGGACAGCAGAACAUACUCAAUGAGGCUGGAACCAAGGACGAUGUGCAUAUAACUUCACUGCUGAAAUAGCUCCUAACUCAUUAGCCUAACACACAGCUCUCCAGGGUCCAUGAUUAUACCAGGUUCCGUGCUAGGUGCUGGGGAUGUAAAGAAGCUUAAGACUUGUUUCUUGCUCCUGAGGAGCUUAUAGGAUACAUAAAGCUGAAGAGUUAAGGAGGAAUAUAUAUAAGGGAAACAAGAGUCGUUACACUCCAGUGUGCUAGACGACAAAUCAUAGGCAUGAACAACAUGCAUGGGAGCGCUGGGGAGUGUGACCAACUUUGCUUUGGAGAAUUAGGGUGGCCUUCAGGGCAGGAAAGACACAAGAGUUGGAGGGUUGCAUAGAUUUCUCCAUUGAAGAUCAGAGAAUUCUAUUCCUGGAAUAGACAAAAGCAGAUACUAUGUGAUUAAUUAUGUAGUUUGUGAAAGCAUUUUAAACUAUGACAAUGAGGUGUUUUGGAAAAACGAACCAUUUUUUUUUCCAACUAAUUUAUCUUAUUCAUUUUUUGUGGAACUCCCAUGAUUAUUGCUUCACUGAUCACUGAUAAUAAUAUGGAGGAUUGGGUAGGGGAGAGUAAGAAAGAGAAAUCCCUAUUCACAUAGAUAAAUUUUAGCUUUUUUUUUUUCUAAAAUAUGUUUAUGUGAAAUGCUGGAAAAACUGUUCUCUGAGUCCUUUACAUAUGUUGCACACAGCAAAAUUCUAUAUAUUGGAUUCAACUGAUUUCUA